AUGGGCGCCGCUGAAACGGUGGCAACAACGGCUGCCACAGCUGCAACGGCUGUCACAGCUGCAACGCAGCGACAUGCUGUCGCAACAACGGCACCACUGCAACCCCCAUCACAAACGUUGCCGCCAUCAUCAGCUGUGGCAGCCUCAUCAGCAACAGCGCACUAUCCACCACCACACCAGCAGAUGCAACUACAGCUACGACAACAACUGCAAACAGCCUAUUAUCACCAGCAACAGCAGACGCCGCCGUCGCAAUCGCAGCAGGAAGACCAAUCAGCAACGUAUGUGACGUCACAACAGCCGCCUACACAAUACCAACAUGCGGCGGCCACAACAACAACAGUAAAUCAAUAUGCAGCGCGCAGCAACAGACAAGCAACGCAGUCGACAUCCACACAGCACAUAACGAAAACAUCACAAGCAGCAACAACAACACAGCAGAAGCAACCUGCAGCAAUGGCGCACGCGUUGACACACGCCACACAGCAACAACAACAACCGUGUCAACGGACGUCAUCAGUCACGCAAAAAUUGGCGAUUUAUUUGGGCAGCUUACGGGAAUUUACCGAAAAAGAAGAGGAGAAUAUUUCAAUUGAUUUGAACGCUAAUGAUGGUGGCCGAAGAGAAAUUAAAUUUGGUGGUGACACGAAUAGAAACCAAAGAUUGGAAAUGCAUAGACAAUCAGCGUCACUAGGCACGGAAAGUUUUGGAUUUAACAUCGAUGCCUUCAUACUCGUCUCUUGUUGA